AUGCGAAUUGCUAAGAAUCUUAUUAGAAUAGAUUUACAGCAAGGAAAGGAUUAUUUUAUGAUAAAUGCUUUUCUAUCUAGACCAUUUAUUUGUUCAAAGUUUAAAUUUGAAGAUAAUGUAUGUAAUAAUGGUAGUACUAAGCCUAAAAUAGAUGAACGAUUAGAUUAUUUCAAUAUGUCUAUUCCUUUAUACGAAAAACGUAACGCAAACUCACUAUCAAUAAAUGGCUUUCCAUCGACCUAUACAACCGAUAGCCAAGAUGACUGCUCGACCGUAGCAGUUACUCCUAUUGCCAGACGCAAAGUUAUGAAACAUGCAAGUGGCUCCUACAGUCCAUCAUAUCAUCAUAAUUUGUCUUUAUCAUUAUAUGAAUACGAUGAGCUAAAAUAUUUCCGCCCUUUGAUUCAUGAUCGUUGUCCACCAUCUAUAGAAAAAGGGAACAUUAUGAAAUAUGAUUUAAUCGGUGUAAGAACAUUUGAUGCAGUUGCAAAAAUUUUACCAUAA